GUCCUGCAACAUCAUGAGCAUGAAGGUCGUGAACCCAUCCAAGGGCUCUGAAAGUGCCGGCAAUUCCGCGUCCUUCUCUUCGUCUGGAGGUACCCUCAAGUUCAAGGGAUGCGCGCACUUUCGGCAGCGAUUGAUCUGCGCGACCCUGAGUGGCCGUCGCAUUCGGAUCGACAACAUCCGUGGGGACAGCGAAGAGCCCGGGAUCACCGAGUUUGAAGCCAACUUUCUGCGCCUGUUGGACUCGAUCACGAAUGGCAGCCAGAUUGAAAUCAAUGAAACCGGUACCGUGCUCAAGUACACGCCUGGGUUCAUCGUUGGUGGCACCAUCGAGCACGACUGCGGCACGAAGCGUGCAAUCGGAUGGUUCCUCGAAGCCCUGGUCGCCCUCGCGCCGUUUGCCAAGCGUCCGCUUGUGGCCACGUUGAAAGGCAUCACGAACGAUGACGUCGAUGCUUCUGUCGACUUCUUCAAAGCAGUCACAAUCCCGCUUAUCAAGCAAUUUGGAUUGGACGAAGGCCUUGACUUCAAGGUGAAGAAGCGAGGAGCGCCCCCUCUUGGUGGCGGCGAAGUCAUCUUCCGAUGCCCCACCGUCCGCCAACUCAAGUCGAUCCACUUGAUCGACGAAGGCUUCAUCAAGCGCAUUCGUGGCGUUGCCUACUGCACGCGUGUGUCGCCUCAGACGGCCAACCGCAUCGUCGACACGUCCCGUGGCCUGUUCAACAAGCUCCUGCCAGAUGUGUACAUUUACUCGGAUCAUUAUCGCGGCACCGACUCAGGCUUGUCCCCAGGGUACGCCUUGUCGUUGGUGGCCGAAUCUACCACGGGGGUGCUCCUCGGCGCGGAAACCGCCGCCACCAGUGGCAGUUUGCCCGAGGACGUGGCGUCGAUGGCAUCGCAUUUGCUGUGCGAGGAGAUUCAAAAAGGCGGGUGUGUCGACACUUCCAACCAGUGCCUGGCGUUGCUGCUCAUGACGUUAUCCCCUGAAGACGUGUCCAAGGUCCGUUUUGGCAAACUCACCCCCUACAGCAUGCAAUACUUGCGCCACCUGCGGGAUUUUUUCGGCGUAACGUUCAAAAUCAAGGCCGACCACGACUCGAAAUCGGUGCUGUUGUCGUGUCUGGGCAUUGGGUUCAAAAAUUUAUCGAAAAAAGUCACAUAAUAUAUAUAUGUAUCUUAAUUGCCGUCCCAUGCUCGAGUCUGUAUGUUGGGAGUUAUCAUCUACUUGCGCUUUGUGCGCUGGGCCUUCAUGGUUUCCUUGGUCGGGGGUUUCUUUCGCUUGGGCUUGGCCGACGUUUCCAACGGCGUGACCUUUUUGCCCUGCACUUUGGCUUUGAGAUUCAAACGCGCGCUGACCAUCCAUUUCAGCGCAACCGCCGUCGACGCUGCAUUCAGACGCACGGGGCGAUUCGCCCAGAUGGCCCCACGCGUCGCCACGUCAUCGUCGUCGUCGCUCACGUUUGCGACGGCGCGACGCUUGCCGGUCUUGCCAAACACACGAUCUUGGCCGAGGCGGUACCACUUGAGCAUGAGGGCGCGGGAGGCCGCGGUUAGGUACACCUGUCCAAAGCCGAGAGUGGCGGCGGCUUCGUCGUCGUCGGCGUGGUCGCCGGUGGAGCCGAGCGCGGGCAUGCGCAUCUCGAGUUUUUGCUUGGCGAGGCAGCUGAGACACAGCGUUUUGAACUUUUGGUGCUGUGCAAAGUACUUUUUCCACUCGGCCACGUCGAAUUCGUCGCUUGGAAACGAACGCUCAAACUUGUCGCCCAUGACUUCGAUGGGAAUGACCAUUUCGACCUGGAGUUGCCGCCGACUCAGGCAGCUUUCGCACUCGACUUUGCGAGCGGCGUUGAUCAGCGGCUGCACCGCCAGACGUAGCCGUAGCCUCCGCCUCGCCUUGGCUAGCCACAGGCGAAUGAGGUCGCGAGAUGGCGCGUUCAGUGACACAGGCCCAAAAUGCGGCUUGCCGUCUACGUAGACAAGUCAAGUGAUUAGACACUUCGGAAUCGUAGUGAUACAGUAGAACGGCAC